CAAACCUUUGCACUCUUAAGUUUCUUUCAAGUUGGUUACACAUACAUAUUCAUAUAAAUAUACAUAUACAAACACUUUAAGGAGAUAGUACCAAUAUCGAUUCGAUAUCGAGAAAUGGGAAGACGACCAUGUUGUGAUAAAGUAGGUUUAAAACAAGGGCCAUGGACUGCUGAUGAAGAUCAAAAGCUCAUCAACUUCAUUCUCACUAAUGGCCAAUGUUGUUGGAGAGCUGUCCCUAAACUUGCAGGACUUUUAAGGUGUGGAAAGAGUUGUAGGUUGAGAUGGACGAACUAUCUUCGACCCGAUUUGAAAAGAGGUUUGUUAUCUGAAUAUGAAGAGACGAUAGUUAUUGAUCUUCAUGCUCAACUUGGCAACAGAUGGUCAAAGAUCGCAUCUCAUCUUCCUGGCAGAACGGAUAAUGAAAUAAAAAAUCAUUGGAAUACCCAUAUCAAGAAAAAGCUCAAGAAAAUGGGAAUUGAUCCCCUCACUCAUAAACCGAUUUCUCCUUCUAUCCCUCCAACGGUAGCACCAGAAAUCCAAAAAGGCGCAAUAAUUCCUGGACUAAUGGAGAAUGAAAACAAAGAAAAUGAUGUGAUAGUUAAUGAUACACUUUCAGUCGAAUCAAGUACAAUUAGUGAGGUAGCUAACGAGGAACAAGAAGAUGAUGAAGAAAGCAAAAGAAUUGUGGAAGUAUCCCACGUAGUUGAGUUUUGCACUGAUGAAGUUCCUUUGAUAGAACCUCAUGAGAUACUGCUUACUACCACUACUGAUAAUCACAUUUUACCCCUUCUAUCGUCUUGUUCAUCAUCUUCGACCUCUUCAAAUUAUGACAUUUCAAAUAGAAACCAGAAUUUUAUGCAUGAGGAUCUACAUCAAGUUUUACCAAGUAUUGACCGGUGCUCCUCGUCUUUUAAUUCUACAAAUUACAACAACUUCGAUGCUGGAUUCUGGGAUGAUGACGAUGAUCAAUUUAUGAACAACUUAAGCAUGUUAAUUAAUGAUCACUAUGAAACUGACAUGAAUAUUCAAAACGAUACUACUUAUGGACUAGAUAUCACCAACUGCUCAAGGAUGUUCACUACCGAUGACUCUUGGAAAUUUGAACAACUUUUGUGAAUGGAACAUGUGUUUCAUCAUACUUUAUUUUAAACUUUUAUAUUUAUCUUUGAAACUUUCGUUUUCUUAUUCUUUUUCUAUCAA